GUUCGAAGCCCAAAGCCAAUCAGUUGCGAGCGUGGUCAGAAGCGCUGGACCACCGUUAGAUCCCGCUCCGCCAUGCUCUGCUCCGCCACGCCCUGGCGCGACGCGGACUUGCCGGCCGCGGCGGAGGGUGCGGAGGCCCCGGUGGUGCCGUGGCCCGAGGAGGAGCUGCAACGGCGGGUGGAGGAGUGCGUCUCGGAGCGGCUGAGGGAUCUAGAACAGCGGCUGGCUUUGUUGGAGCAAGAUGCAAGGACCAAGGAUGCCCGAGUGGAAGGCGAGCUGAGGAGUUCCGUGCUGCGGGCUUCGGAAGCCUUUCUGUCGGUGCAGCCGCCUCCUCCAGUGCCUCGCUUGCCUUUCAGUCGGCAUGAGCAGCUUGAACUCUCCACGGCACCAGAGAAGACUGUGGACGAGAAGGGAUGCGCAGCUGAGUACAGGUUUGAAGCCUGCGUGUGGGAUUCCAGUGUGCUGGUGGGCCUUGGGGUUCUGUCAUGGCAGGAGAGCCUUUCAGUGGUGCUGUGUGGACUUUGGUCGGUGUUGGUGGAGGGCUUUUUCGUACUCAUCCUGUGCGACAACAUGACGGACACCGUCUUUGAGGAUUCCCUGGCGCAGGAGAUGAAGGAGUGGCGGGUGCAGUUUGGUCAGAACCUCAACUAUGUCGAUGCCGCGACCGGGCAGCCGCUGAUCAUGGGCGUUUGUUCGAUGUCCAACUCCUUGUUGAAUGGGGUUGUCCAGGCAGAGAUCUACGAGACCAUGUUCAAGUAUGGCAUCCGAGAAGCGGGCAAUGAGGACCUCAGGUGGCCGCUGCUCCCUGUGGGUGCCUGGCUUGCAUUGAUUGCCCUGCUGGUCUGGAUUUUCACAGUGAUCAAGGACAUGCUUUGCGCCUUCAGCUUUGGCAUCGCUUUGACUUCCUUGCCGAGUGGGGACACGACACAUCGCUCCGGCCAGACUCUGCUGUCCGGCGUGAGCCGCUUGCGGAUGCUCCUGCUCUUCGUGUUGAACAUUUUACCACGCUUGUGCAUUGCCCUUGUUCUUGGAAUCAUUGGGGUGCACUUUCUGGCGAGCACCACUUCUGUAUCGGACCUCAUCCUGAACGCCGUGGCUUUGGAAGUCGUCCUAUGCAUCGACGAUCUUUUCUUUGCGGUGCUCGUGCCGCGGCGCGUGCAUGAGACGGUCAAGUCGCUCAAGCCUCUUCCGGUCACCCUGCGGACGCCCUUCCUGCACGCCCAGCAGGGCUUGAUCUUCAUGCUCUCUUUGGCCAGCUUGGCGGCUGCGCAUGUGGUGUAUUUGCAGCCGGUGGUCGACAAUAUGCAGAUGACAGCGGACGCCCUGUGCGCGGGAGUCACCAACUUCACUACGUUUCAGGAUGCCGCAGGCUUGGUCUUCCUGUUGGAUGGUCCAGCUCCCCCUGCCGAUGACCACAGCAGCUAUGCGUACCGUGCUGUGCUGCAAGCGACUGGCCUUGAGGAAGUUCAUCCUGAGCCCUUGGCUGCUCGGGUGCAGAAUGCCGCACUUCGGGGCUUGGCGAUGCAGCUGAAGUCGAUGACCUUCGAGGAGCGCAACGAGUUUUGGCCAUUGUGCAGGGACAUGGACAGCGAGGUCUAUGAGGGAUUUGGCUUGAUGCACAUGAGGUCAGCCACUGCAGAGAACCUGAACAGACUAUUUCCUGAUGCCGACCUGGCCGGCCUUGAAAGAAGCUGCUGGUCUUUCAGAAACUAUUGCUUCAAUGGCACUUUACCCUUGCAGAGCCUUUGGCAUUUGCGAGCCCUGUGCCCGGUGACCUGUGGCUGUGCCAGCUUGGAGGGAAGCUUCGUUGCAAAUCUUCCUUCCUUUGGCUGCCCCCAGGUCGCGACCACGAUCUUCGAGUCGCUCAGUGUUUCAUCCACCUCAACUACCAGAGUCCUGAAAACAUUGGUAUAGCUGCCCGAGAACCCUUUUUGCAACGGAUAAAGGGGAAGGGAAGAUGCACGAAUUCCUAACUCAAGGAAAAUGCCGAAGCCUGGCCUCAGGAACCUCCCUUCAGUACUCGGUAACUGUCCAUACCGUGCCGCCCACAAGAAGGGCCUUGCGAUGCCAUGGCCCCUGUCAGGUUUGCAAGUCUGUGUUCCAACGGUCUGUAGCAAACCUCACCUGUGCCGACCGAGAUGGAGAGGAGCAGCCUCCUGACAUACUCAUGCUUUUGCACCCCACAUGUGGUCCCCAAGUCAUCGGAGGUUCUGGCCACUUGUGAUUGAAACUUGUGACCCGGUAGUUGUUUGUUGGCCUAACGAGUCGAGGGGGAAAAGGCCUCGUGCGACAGUGUCGUUUCAGCAGCCCCUUCGCCCCUUCAGGAUUCCAUCUUCAAGAGGUACACGAGAGGCUUGGCGCAGCGGAAGGGCUUUGUCGGCAACGUGAGCCGCUGCUCGGACUUCGCAGUGCCGGUGGUCAUCGAUGGAAGUCCCUUCAACUUCUGCACGCAGAGCUCCGAGCUUCGAAAGAUGGGCUUUCAGUCUGCUGAGUUGCUUUGUCCCGAGACCUGCGCUUGCUCCUCCUCACCGAGCUUGGAGUGUCCGACGUCGUGCCGAUGAAGCGAAGCGGUGGGACACACGGGACUCGGGCGCCAGAAAGCCAUGCAUGGGAAUUCAGUGUCCAUGAAAGGACUGCCUUGGCACAGGGUUCUUGUACUUGGCCAGACCUUGUGCAUUGCCCAUUGGCUCCACAAAGUGGGGGCCACGGGUGCUGUCAAUGACCGAAGCAGAAGCUUCAGCUUCUUUGAAAGCCAAUGGGCGAGAAUCUCCCCGUUGUUGGGCUCCUGUGAGCUGAAUAUGGUGUGAAGCAGGGAGGCACUGUUUGAUAUCCUCAGUUUUUGUACUGAGACGCUACGAUUUCUUCAGCCGUCCGCAUUCCUGCACUGGCCUUGACCACAAGCCGUGUCCUGCAG